ACAUUAACAAUAGAUUCAUACGCCACGCACCAUACUACAAUGCCUACUUCUAUGCAAGAUUAACUCACAAUCUAAGAAAUCACCAUGGAUCCGUUCCUUUCAAUCAAGUUCUCGUCAACAAAUUAAGCCGAUACAAUCGCCACAGCGGUGUCUUCGUAUGCCCCCACUCAGGGUAUUACGUUUUCACCUGGACCCUGAUGACCAAUCACAAGCAAUGGGUUAUCUCGGAACUGGUUGCUGGAGGGGCCGUCAAGGGGAAAUUAAUCGUCGAUAGUGACGAGGGGUACGAAAGUGGAUCCACAACCGUGCUUGUAUAUGUUCGCCGAGGACAACACGUGUUCGUUAGAAUAACUGGUGGUGAUCGAAAUGUUGAAGCCCAAGGUGUAUCAAGUUUUUCCGGUUGGAGAUUGUCUUAG